UAUAUAUUUCUACUAAACAAAAACAUUAAAUUUGAAUUUGCUUGAUGCGUUUUACGAUUGCACAUGCACCAACAAUGCUACCAACUUAUUGCUAGUGAAACAAAAAAUAUAACUACUCUGUUGAGAAGGAAGCUGCUGCUUGUAUAUACCAUUAUUUGUAUGUACAUAUCUAUUAUUCGACUGUAUACAUAUGACAUAUUACAAAAUUUAGAAUCAUCUACAUAUUACCGGUAUAGAAAUAAAAGCGACUCGAAGAAAAUAAGCUAAUAUUGCUUGUUAUUACUACAUUUUCUCAGUCAAAAGACCACGAAUUUGAUUUAACUUGAAAUGGAUCAAGAACUUGUCGAUAAAUUUAUGGAAAUAACUGGAAAAAAUGAAGCUACAGCGUGCCAAUAUUUAUCAUUAGCGGAUGGAAAUGUAGAAAUGGCAGUAACUUUGAUGUUUGAAGAAGGACAAAUGUCUCAAGUUGAAACAGUAGAUUCUGAGCCAGAAGUACGGCCUCCUAUAUUACCUAGACAAGAAAUAUUGGUUGAUUCCGAACCAAUGUUUUCUAUUCCAAGGUUGCCUAAUGCUUUUGAUAGAUUUAGAGAUUUUGCUCUUGAAACACAACGACAAGAAGAAGAAAUGACCUUAAGAGUUUCCGGUGUAAAAGAGAGCUCUCAACCUAAAUUGAAACGUUUAGAAGAUUUGUUUAGACCUCCGAAAAAUAUUUUAUUCCUUGGUACAUUUGUGGAUGCAAGGGAGCAUGCGAAAUCUUUAAAUCGUUGGUUACUAGUCAACGUUCAGGAUUCUCAGGAGUUUGUUUGUCAAGUUCUUAACAGAGAUGUGUGGUCUAAUGAACAAAUUCAAGAAAUUGUUAAGGAUCAUUUUGUUUUGUGGCAGGUUUUAUCAAAUACUAAGGAUGGAAAGAAUUACAUAGAUUUUUAUAAAGUUAUUGAUUAUCCGUAUCUAGCUGUAAUAGAUCCUAGAACAGGAGAAUGUAUAAGAAAAUAUAAUCACAUUACUACAGACAGCUUGAUAUCCGAUCUGAAUGACAUUUUAAGUAUUCACGCAUCACCGGAAGGUGCUUCCAAUGAUGUAAUCAGUCAUAAAUCUAAUAACUUGUCAUUACUCGAAAAAAGGAGUCAAUUGUCAGAGACAUCAAAAAGUGAUUACGCUUCGUGCAGUCAAAGUAUAAGAAAUGUAGCAUUCAAUAGAGAUUCUGAUGCUACAUGUAAACAACUGGAUAGUCAACAUAAUAGUAAUAUAAAUAUUUCGAACAAUAGUUCAUGUAUUUUGAGAAAGAGAAAACGACUCGACAAUACAGAUCAAAAGAUUGAAUCUCCUGAUAGGAAAGAAGCAGUGGUAUGCAAGAUGCAAGAUGACAAAACCAAUAUAGAUACUGAUAAUGACAAACCGCUUUUACGAUUAUGUUUACGACUGCCAACUGGUGACAAGGAAACACUAUCCAUGCGUGCUACUAAUACUAUCGAAGAUUUUCUGAAAAUAAUGGAAGACAUGGGUUAUCCACCAGCCGAUUAUACAUACUUGGUCCCUUUUCCUAAGACAAAUAUUGGUAUACUUGCAGUAAAUAUUCCUUUGAUAGACACGAUUUUAUUUCCAUCAAAUACAGUAUUCAUAACAAAAACAUAUCUCGCAUUGUGAAAGAUAUUGAGUACCUUAUCUUAUACAUGUUAAACAUUGCCACGUCUCUAAAUCUAUAUUGUUUUCUUACUUAAUUAUGUUAAUAUUUUACUUGCAUUUACAAACGAAACUUUAAUACAACCACUGUAAUUAUUACAAAAAAUGAUAGUUGUUGCAAUACUUAUAUGCGUCCCUUUUAACGAUUUUUAUAGGAGCUAUUAGAAUACAUUUCAAUGAAGUCCAACGAUGAUGCUCCACCUACGUAUCAAUGGCGUUCCACUAGCAUAUCAAUGGAGCUCCACUAGCGUAUCAAUGGAGUUCCACUAGCAUAUCAAUGAUGCUCCACUAGUGUAUCAAUGGAGUUCUACUAGCGUAUUAAUGGCAUCCCGACAGCGUUUUAAGAUGGCAUUGCAAGGACACGAAAAUCGACUGGCUGUUAUGCAGAUUAGCUGCACUAGUUUUUGCAGUCAAUUGCAACAAUCACAAUUUUAUCAGUCAACGUUCAGACAUUCGGACAAAACAAAGUUUCCUUAGAAUGGCGGCAAGUUACCAAUUGAUAAUUGUGUUCACGAUCAGUGUGAUCACUGUGUACGCUUAUAAUCCUGGCGAGAAGCCGAUAAUUCCAAUUCCGACAAAAUGUCCGGAAGUAGAUCCAUUCAACUAUACCGUACACAUUGCUCAUGAGACAAAUUGUUCCAAAUUCUAUAAAUGUUUCAACGGGGAAAAAUACGAAAUGGAGUGUCCGAAAUACCGGAAGGGUCUACUUCAUUUCAAUAAACUUUUGCAAGUUUGCGAUUAUCCUAAAUCUGCUGGAUGUCAAGACAACAACAAGGGGCAUACCGAUGAAAAAUUAACAAUGAAGAAUGUCAAGGAGGAUGUCUUCUAUGAUGCAGAGAAAUAUGCCGAUAAAGUCGAGGUAAAUUUGAUGUGCCCAGAAGGUGCCCAUGGUAAGAAAUGUUCUUGCCAAUGUUCUUGCAAUCAAAAUUAUGAAUGUCAACAUGGAAAGCUCGUGGCACGAGAGAUGUCUUAAUAAGAAUUAUCGAUUCAUAAAAAUAAAACAAAAUCUAUGAAAAUAUUUCAAUUUCUUAACGAAGAGAUAAAUAAAUUUUACAGGAAUCGUUCAUUAUUUUGUCAUAUUUGCAAAUAUGUAGCAAAUGAAUAAAGGCAAAAUAUCCAGAUAUUUCAUUGUUAAUAAAA